AUGUCUUCCACAGCUGCCGACGUGAACCGUCCUUCAGCAGAUGCUGUCUUUGAGAAGUCACACAACCACAAUCUCAACAUCACCUCCUCUCACAAUGGCAUGACCAUCUCGCCAGAGCUGUUCGAGAAGCUGUACCUGACCCCCAAAACUCCCCGCCAUGGCAACAACAUCAAACGCUUCGCCAAUGCCGUACCUAUGGGUUUCACUGGCUUCGUCAUCUCGACCUUCACCUUCUCCAUGAUCCUCAUGGGCUUCGCUGGUACCAGCAGUCUCGCUGGUGUUGUCGGUAUCUUCUUCUUCACUGGCCCUGUUCUUCUUGGUCUCGCUGCCAUCUUUGAGUUCAUCCAGGGCAACUUCUUUACCGUAAGCCACAUAACGUCGACGAUAUAUAUUAAAGGUGUUAACAACGCUGUANNGAUGAACUCUCUCUCACUCUUCUGUGUCUUCUGGCUUUCUUUCGGCAUGAUCCAGCUUCCUUCCCUUGGCAUCGCUGCUUCAUACUCNCCCACUGGUAACGCUGCUGAGGGUGCUGCCAGCGCCGAUUACAACAACGCUAUUGCUCUUUACCUUAUCGUCUGGGGCUUUGCUUUCAUUACCUACUUCAUCUUCUCGCUCAAGACAAACGCCAUUUUUGCUGGUAUCUUUGGUUUCGCCUUCAUUGCUGUCUUCAUUCUUGCCGGUGCUUACUUCAAGGUCGGUACUGGUGACUACGCCAUGGCUGGUAACCUCCAGAUCGUAACGUUGGGUUGGUACAUCACCUUCGUCAUCAUGGCUGCUGAGAUGCGUCUGGGCAUCAACUUCCCUGUCGGCGACCUCAGCCACCUCUGGCCUGCCACCGACGUCGAGUUGACUGAGAUUGAGAAGCAGGCUUAA